UCCCAGAUCCCGAGCUGUGGUCUUCGCGGCAUGCUCCCAAAAGGGAAGCAUGCGUGGGUCCACGCGAGCCCGAAAUUUUCGGAAUAAAUUUGGAGUUAGCGGUGUGGCCCAGAGGAAUUGAGAUUUAUCCCGAAUGUUUUGCACUGCAUGUUACACCUGAAGGUUGCCGGUUUCCCCGCUUUGAGUCAUAAAUGGUGGCGUUGGGGUUUUGCACAGAUCUUCUCUUUUUGCCCUCCGUUCCUUACUGCAUGCCAGGUGCCGUGCUAAAAGACUGGAGCAUACUACGAAGGCUUUCAAUAUUGCAGGAAAAUGAUCCCAAUCUUAAAGAGGGGUGACAUGGGAACUGCACCACACCUGCUAUCUGCCAUUCACCCGCAGAACAGCAGACCCAGGGAUUCUUCCCGUCAUCCAGAAGGUAUUUAAUAAAUUACCUUUCAAACAUAGAAAUACAGAACAAGAUGCCCGGACCUGCCUUGGACAGCUGGUGGUUUAGUGGGGACUGGUGAAUUUCACCAGGGCAGAGAGAUCGAGGAGUGCGGUGAACUUCAGAAGCCAUGCAAAGUUUCCUUGAAACCUGUUCUGGAACCUAGCUUCCGGACCCCCAGAAAACUUUUCCAAAGACAGACCAGCGGUGCCAGGCUGUUUGAUGGAUCAGAAUCUGGAUGAGAUCAGAUUUUAAGUCUCGUCUUGGGUCGAGAGAUUACUCUCUUGGAUGAUCUGUCUGCUUUUCGGCGAAUGAUGGAGAAACGGAAGACGGCCGGACUGCUGACCUUGCAGUAUGCGCUGCGCACCGCGCCCCUGGGCGCGCCAGGGACCCUGCCUCUACUCCCGCCGAGGGACCCCUUCAGGGUUGCCGUGCGUCUGGAUGCCGCGUGCUGGGAGCGGGCGCACGGGGGCUGCGCACGGAGACGGCCGCGCCCGCCCCCACCGCUGCGCGGCGCCCUGGAGCCCGCCUUCCUCCGCCUGCGCAACGAGCGCGAGCGGCAGCGGGUGCGCUGCGUGAACGAGGGCUACGCGCGCCUCCGAGACCACCUGCCCCCGGAGCUGGCCGCCCGGCGCCUCAGCAAAGUGGAGACGCUGCGCGCCGCCGUCAGCUACAUCAAGCACCUCCAGGAUCUGCUGGAGCGCCACGCGCGCGGGCACGAGGGCCCAGCCGGGUCCCAGCGCAGGGCCGAAUGCAACAGCGACGGCGAGUCCAAGGCCUCGUCGGCGCCCUCGCCCUGCAGCGAGCCCGAGGAGGGUGCGGGCUAGCGCCCCCAAGCCGCCCUGCCCGGCCCCGCGCCCGCCACUGCCGCCCCCGGUGGCAACCUAAACUCCUCUCCGAAAGUGCUUUGCAUUUUUAAUCUGGUUUCUUCUGCAGCCCUAAAUCUUAGGAAAAAAGAAGUGAGUGCUUCAGGGGAAGAGGGAGUUUGCCAUUUGGGACUACCCCCCCCCCCGCCCCUUUUGCUUACGUGCCGGCAACUUAAAGGUGCUUUUAAGGACAUUCUUCCCCCAUUCUUUUAACUGCACAUGCACACUGUUUCAGAUUCUGAGCGCCUCGUUCUAAACACGAUUAUCUAAAAACUCAGGGCGGUUUUUAAAAAGUGGAAUUUCCCAUAGUUCGUGAUAUGGUUAAGUUAUACAUUAACCAAAGAAGAACUUUAGCACAUACACACACGCGACAGUCCUUUAGAUGAGAGGAACAUUUUCCUUGCAUUUCUUCUUUUGGGAAUCGUUUCAGGAAUCGAAUUGGCACGGCGCUCUGGGAGAAGGCGACUCUGCGCUGGUCCUUGAGAAGAGUCCCCGCAGCUAGACUUCAGCGCGCACCGCUGGCUCUGAACGUUGGUCUAGCGCAGCCAGUCUGUGUUUGGUGCACAGUUUUAUCAAUAAGUGACUACUUGAGAACCUCGUAGCAUUUACCAAGUAAAAUGUCUUAGUGCUAAUGAGCUCUUUGGAAGAGAACCCAGAUCUGUAUGGCAACUUCUUUUCCUUCUCAGUUGCUUUUGUCCACCGGUUUUCCUCCUCUUUGCAUUCGCCUUUGUACUUCUCACCCCAUCUAAGAACCUUUGAUCAAAGGGACACCGCGACUUUAAAAUAAAA